AUAAAAUCGAGAGCAAAAUUUGAGAUUUACAUGAUCAUUGUCAAUCUAUCGUUUGAGGUAAUAGGACAAAUUUGAGCAUUCAAGGUUUAUUUAAGUUCAGAAGCAGGAGUCCGAUUGUAAAGCUAAAACCAUGAUGAAAACGGUUCUAACGACUUUAGUUCUUCUCAAUUUGCUUAACUAUCAUGGAUCAACUAAUGUUGACUGCAAUUACGGCAUUAACUCAUUUUGGUCAGUUUUAAACAAAUACGAAUGUAAAGUUCAAAAUGAUCCGAAUAUCGACUCACCAGAAAAGGUUAAAAUUGAUGAAGUUACUGGAAAUCAUAGUGCAGGCAAAACCAACGGAGACGAAAUUUAUUUCCAUGCAGAAUCAAAAGUGAUUCAAUAUUUUCCACAAGGACUUAAUAGCAUCUUUCCAAAUUUGGUAGGAGUUCGAUUAUAUAACACUUCACUAAAAGGCAUUCAAAAGUCUGAUUUAAAAUCUUACAAAUAUUUAAAAUAUCUUUGUUUAAAUACUCAUGACAUCCAGGUCCUUGAAAAUGAUUUAUUUGACUUUAAUCCUAAUAUUGAAUAUGUUUUAUUUGCAAAUUGUAAAAUUGUCCACAUUGGUUUAAAUGUCUUUGAUAAUUUAAACAAACUUAAAGCAUUGUAUAUUGGCAGGAACCCAUGCACUGGAGAUUACUUCAAUAAUAAUGAAAAUGAUGUUAAAGAAAUCAUCAAAAAAUCUAAAAUUGAAUGUAAAGAUCCAGAUUUUGUAGUUCUAGAUACGGUUUAUACUGAAAUUUUUAACUUUACAAAAUAUUUGAAUCACCGAAAUUUUGCAAGCUUUCGUCGCAGUUUUUUGACUUUACAGUUGGUCUUUAAUAAUUCUGAAUAUUCAAAUUAUUGGCCAUUAAAAGAAAAGAUUCAAAAUUUAGGAAAAAUAAGCAUUUGGGAUUAUUUGCCAGACACAUGGUUUGCAACAAGCCCAACUGUUAAAACUAAAAUUGCUCAACUGACGACACCAAAAACUAUUCAAAAUUCAACAACAAGCUGCAAAAAAUGCUGCCAAUUUGAUGACUUUAAGUCUAAGAAUCAAAAAUUGUAUAAAAAUUUAAAUAAUUCACUUGAAAGUUUCAAAAUGUCCGUAACUGAAUCAUUGAAGAAAAUCGAUGAAAAAAUUGAUAAUGUCUUGAGUAUAGUUGAUGUUAAAAUCACAAAUUUGGAACAGCUUUUAAGUACCAAGAUUGAACAAAUUUUAAAAGAUAAAUUCGAUGAAGUUUUGAAGAGUCUUAUUCAUUAACAAGCCCUAAGACACAUCAAUUAAAUUGCUUAAUAAAG